AGAUGAGAAGCAGCCGCAGCUGAGGGAGUGAGGAGGCACCUGGGAGCGGAGCUGGAAACCUGGGAGGCGGCCAGCCAGAGUCCAAGAGCUGGAGUGACCCCUCGACCUGGCAGCCAUGGGGGAGAUGGAACAGCUGAGACAGGAAGCAGAGCAGCUCAAGAAGCAGAUUGCUGAUGCUAGGAAAGCCUGUGCUGACAUUACCUUGGCAGAGCUCGUGUCUGGCCUGGAGGUGGUGGGACGAGUCCAGAUGCGGACACGACGCACACUGAGGGGCCACCUGGCAAAGAUCUAUGCCAUGCACUGGGCCACGGACUCCAAGCUGCUGGUAAGUGCCUCGCAGGACGGGAAGCUGAUCGUGUGGGAUACUUACACCACCAACAAGGUGCACGCCAUCCCGCUGCGCUCCUCCUGGGUCAUGACCUGUGCCUAUGCCCCGUCAGGGAACUUCGUGGCCUGUGGAGGGCUGGACAACAUGUGCUCCAUCUAUAGUCUCAAAUCCCGGGAGGGCAAUGUCAAGGUCAGCCGUGAGCUCUCUGCUCACACAGGUUAUCUCUCCUGCUGCCGCUUCUUGGAUGACAACAACAUCGUGACCAGCUCAGGGGACACCACGUGUGCCUUGUGGGAUAUAGAGACCGGGCAACAGAAGACUGUAUUUGUGGGCCACACGGGAGACUGUAUGAGUCUGGCAGUGUCUCCCGACUUCAAACUCUUCAUUUCGGGGGCCUGCGACGCCAGCGCCAAGCUCUGGGACGUGCGGGAGGGGACCUGCCGCCAGACUUUCACUGGUCAUGAGUCCGACAUCAAUGCCAUUUGCUUCUUCCCCAACGGAGAAGCCAUCUGCACUGGCUCGGAUGACGCCUCCUGUCGCCUGUUUGACCUGCGGGCUGACCAGGAGCUGACCUCCUACUCGCACGAGAGCAUCAUCUGUGGCAUUACGUCCGUCGCCUUCUCCCUCAGCGGCCGCCUGCUCUUUGCUGGCUACGACGACUUCAACUGCAAUGUUUGGGACUCCAUGAAGUGUGAGCGUGUGGGCAUCCUCUCUGGCCACGACAACAGGGUCAGCUGCCUGGGAGUCACAGCCGACGGGAUGGCUGUGGCCACUGGCUCCUGGGACAGCUUCCUCAAAAUCUGGAACUGACGAGGCUGCAGGCGGAAGGCCAUGAAGACACUCCCCACGCCAGCCCUCCCACACCUAACCUCUUUCCGGUUUCCUCUUCUCGCCCAGGUGCCACUAAGCUGUCCCCUUAGAGGGUGGGGUGUGGGGGAUGUGGGGAGUUGUGCCUUUGGGAGGCAGCAUCAGGGACACGGGGCAAACAGUUGCCCAUCUCCUCCUACGGCCCCUCUCCCCAUAGUCCUCACGGCCUCUCCUUUAGCCAGCAAAGAAAACUGACCCCUGCCCAGCCCCUUGCAGGCCCAGUGUCAGACCCCAGGCCCCAGGGUUUCUUCCCCAGAGCCACUCUCUUUGUCCAGCUCUGGGUGAACCAGGGCACUUUGCCCCAUGACUGGGGCCCCAGCACCCCCAGGCUCCUGGCUCCUUUUUCUGCCAUUUCUCCCUC